AUGGCAAUCAAGGGAGUCCUAUCUUUCACAAUUCUACUGUGUUGCCUUUGUUAUUGUGGAAAAGUUGAAGGAGGCCACAGGAAAUUAUCAAGGAAGGAAGAUUUGGAAAUUGAGAAGCAACUUAAGCUUUUGAAUAAGCCACCACUCAAAACUAUAAAAACUGAAAGUGAAGAUAUCUACGAUUGUAUUGAUUUCUACAAACAGCCCGCUUUUGAUCAUCCAUUGCUGAAAAACCACACUUAUCAUUAUGAGAGGAUGAUUGAGAAGAAAGCCGCAGAGGCUGGCGAACCAUUAGAAAUAGGACUAAAAGGUGAAGGUUGUCCAAUUGGAACAGUUCCUAUUCGGAGAACUACUAAAGAAGAUCUCAUCAGAGCCAAGUUAUUUGCAGAAACAUAUGCUUCAAGAUUCAAUCCCCUUACUAAUGAAUGGCCAGGCCUUCAUAAAGCCAUCAUUCAAACAAAAUAUGAUCCAGUGAAGAGGUACAACGGAGGUGGUGGAAUGUUCAGUGUAUACCAGCCAAGUGUUAGUGGGUCGCAGUUCAGUUCAGCUCAAAUGACAAUCCAAAGCGGAUCAGAUAGCAUAAAAGUUGGGUGGACGGUAAACCCUAGUUUAUAUGGUGACACUAAAACUCGGCUUUUCACAUUUUUUAAGGCUGGUUCAACAUUUUGUUUUAACACACGGUGCCCAGGAUUUGUUAUUGUUAAUACUCACUUGCCUCUUGAUAUCAUUGUUAUGCCAAUUUCAACACGUGGUGGACCUAUAUACAAAUUGAACCUGUUUGUUUACCGGGAGGAAGUUAGUGGACGUUGGUGGCUUGAAGUAGGACCAAGCUACACCAAAGUUGGGUAUUGGCCACCAAACAUAUUCAGUGGCUUAAAAGACUUGGCAACAUAUAUUGAGUGGGGCGGAGAGGCUUACAGUGUACCAGGUCAACCUGGUCCUCCGAUGGGUUCUGGCGAGUUUCUAUUCGGAGAUACAAGCCAAGAUGCAUUUUGUAGGCAAGCCACAACUGUAGAUGAGGCUCAUGAACCGCAGGAUGCCGAAAAUACCCAAACUUUUGCAGACGACACUGGCUCCUAUAACGUCCAUGACUGGGGAAUACGAGGUGAAUUUGGACAUUUGAUGACGUUUGGAGGGCCUGGUCCUAGCUAA